GAGAGAGAAAAGUUGAAACCAGCAUUGAAAGACAAUCAUACCAAUAUAUAUUUACCAAAACAAAAAAAAGGAAAUUAAUAGAAGUAAGGCCAGCGGAAUCGUUUUCAUGCAAAUGAAAAAAGUGGAUUCCUUUUUUCUUUAAAAUGGCUCCAUUUUACUCGCUGCAUGUUUAGUCAUAAAAAAAAGGUAAAAAAUGUCCAUCAUAACCCAAAUUUGAAUACCAUAGUAAAACAUAUACAAGGACAUUUCAUCCUAAGUUUUACCAAUUUGUUCUUAUUUUCUUUACAAUGAGUCAAUGUGACCUGCAUAAAAGUAUGAAAUACAAUCAUCAAAUAUAAUAUAAAAAAAUAUAUAUAUAUAUAUAUACAUAUGAUAAAAAGAAGAAGAGGUUUUAUUGUUUAAAAAAAGAUAUAUUUGAAAACGAUUUUGACAUUUUUUCCCCCCAAAAGCAGGUCAAUUUGACUAGAAACAUAACAGGAGGCUUAAUAAAUGCUGCUCAUUCAUAUUCUGUGGCCAAACGUGCUGAAAGUCCUUUUUCUUUUCUCAAAGACGAUCUCCUCCUUACGCUUUUUCCAAGUGGCAAUCGCUUCCUCUCCCAAUUGUGCUCACGUGCGGCCGUGUGUGAGCGCGGUGACAUGAAUGCGCUUAAUCAAACAGCCCGGGGUCAGCGCGACUUCCAGGUGUGUGCCUCGAAAAGUCACGCGCAACGAAUGUUCGUGCGAAUGUCCUCCGGCAGCUUUGUGUCUUUCAAGGCGCUUUUGUACUUCGUUUGCCCCGGAGCGAGGCCGGCCCCUUCUCGCCGCGCUGCGCCUCAUCUCGGACGUUCGACCCCCAGAGGGCGAGGCCCUCGUCGUCGUGGCGCCGUCGUUAUCGUGCGCGCCCGCUGCGUUUGUCUUGCAUUCCACGUAGCGGCAACAAAUCGGCGAGAUCCUGCUAAAACAACACUACCUCGCCGUGAAAAUAAUAUAUUUGGCCUCGUAUAUCUAAAGCAACCGCAUAGGUUUGCCCGAAACGCCACAGAUGGGCUAACGAAAGGCGUCGAUGUUGCGGCGUUAUCAAAAAUAGCUCUUUGAACACAAAUAGCGCAGCAGCACACGUCGAAUAUGUUCUUUGAACGAAGAAUGGCUAAUAUCGCUCCGGUUUACUGAGGAGCUGAGACCGGCUACGUGUUCAGCAUCGAGCUACGUCUGCAUUAUGCUGCCCCCGGUUGGCCAAGGCAAAAACUGCGGAAUUGGUUCCAUUCUAUCUCGUGGCGUCAUUUCUGUACGUUUGUAUAGAUGAUCAUUGUCACGGCCUUUCUCCACUGGCGCAAAGGAGUUUUCCAUACGCCCGCGUUAUCAGGCGAUCUUGCGAGCUUUUGACACGUGGCUGACAGGUUUUGCGGCGGCCGCGUAAGCCGGCGGAAACGACCGGCCGCCGUGGGCAGGACGCGGCGGCGUUCCCGACGGCGGCCCCCUGUCGACAGCGGACGGCGAGCGCGCAUUAUUCAGCGGGGCGCUCGGCCUUCUCCUCUCUGAAAUUGUCGGCCUGCGUUUGACUUCCCGCGCAGGGAUGGAGAAGCGAUUGGAGGAGCUGAGGCAGCAGCUGGAGAAGCAAUGUCUCAUCAGCGAGGAGCUGCAGAGGCAAAAUCAGGAAUUGGAGCAACGUCUGCAGGAGAAAGAGAAACUCGUGCGGGAGCUGCAGGCUCAAUACCACGACCUCGAGUUUCCGCCUCCGAUCGGGGCCGAGCUCGAACCCGAGUUCCGGAAGAGCCGCGCGGCCGUCAUCGCGCCGGAACCCAUCCCCGAGACGCUGGACGUCGGGAAGGCCAGAGUGAAGAAAACCGACGGCGAGACCAAUCUAAUCGUCAAAGCCAUCCAGAAGAACGACUUCCUGAGCCGGCUGGAUGAUGAACAAAUCGCCAUGAUGGUGGACCUCCUGGAGACCUUCGACGUCAGCCGCGGCGGCGAGGUCAUCAAAGAGGGCUCCGAAGGGGACAGCAUGUACAUCGUGGCAGCCGGAGAGCUCAUCGUCACCCAAGCGGGCCGCGAACUCCGAACCCUGACCAGUGGCGAUGUUUUCGGCGAGUUGGCCAUCCUGUACAACUGCAAACGAACAGCCACGGUCAAAGCGAAGACGGAGGUGCGUCUGUGGUGCAUGGAGAGACAGACCUACAGGACCAUCAUCACCAACAAAUCCAAGAAGAAACGAGAGCAGCUCCUGGGCUUCUUGAAGACGUCUCGGACUCUGAAGGACCUGAAUGAUGUCCAGUUGUCCAAAAUCAUUGACUCCAUGGAGGAGGUCAAGUACCAGAACAAAGACGUCAUCGUCCGCGAGGGAGCCGAAGCCAACACGUUCUACAUCAUCCUUAAAGGGGAGGUGUUGGUGACCAAGAGCGUGAACGGCCUUCAGAAGCAAAUUCGCCGGAUGGGGAAGGGCGAGCAUUUCGGGGAACAGGCCCUCAUACGCGAAGUGUUGCGAACGGCCACCUGCGCAGCCGAAGGCCCCGUCACCUGCUUCUCCAUCGACAAAGAGGUGUUUGAGGAGACAAUCCCCGUCGAGCACUUGGAGCUAUUCGAUGAGUAUGCGCGGCAAAGCUACUUACUCCGUUACUUCUUAAUCGUCCGUCUCGUUCAGAGCGAUGAAUGUAACGUCUUGGUCUUCUUCAUCGUCAGCUCCAAGAUGCUGCAGGAGACGCACGCUCCUGAAAAGUCCAGUCUCAGCUCCACUCUGAGAUUGAAGGACCUGGUCCCGGUGGUGUACCAGGAGGGCCGCUUCCAAGGGGACCCGGUCACCCUCGGGGUCGGAGGGUUCGGCCGCGUGGAACUGAUGACCGCGCUGAACCACGGCAAGUAUUACGCCAUGAAGCGAGUGAGCAAGAAGCACAUUGUCGGCAAGAGGCAGGAGGAGCACGUGUUGUUUGAGAAGAAGAUCCUGAAGGCCAUCCAGUGCGACUUUAUUGUCAGGCUUCAUGCUACCUUCAAAGACACUCGUUACAUCUACAUGGUGAUGGAGUUCUGCGGCGGCGGCGAGAUCUGGACCAAACUCAAAGAAGUAGGGCGUUUCGAUGAGCAGAUGGCCGUCUUCUGCACGGCGUGCGUGGUGGAGGCCUACGCCUACCUCCAUAAGAAGAGCAUCAUGUACAGAGACCUCAAGCCCGAGAACCUCAUGCUGGACGCGUGCGGCUACGUCAAACUGGUGGACUUCGGUUUUGCCAGAGAGUUGGUGCGCGGUGAGAAGACGUACUCCUUUGUUGGCACUCCUGAAUACAUGGCUCCCGAGAUCAUCAAGAACCAGGGACACGACUUUGCUGUGGACUUCUGGUCGCUCGGCGUCCUGAUCUACGAGCUGCUGGUGGGAAGUCCGCCCUUUUCGAGCUCGGAACCUCAGAAGAUUUACUCCAAGAUUCUGGACGGGGUGCUGAAGUAUCCUCCGUACUUGAGCGAGGCGGCCAAGUCCAUCAUCAGCAAGCUGUGCAGACCUCGGCCCGGUCAGCGGCUAGGAAACACCAAGAACGGCAUUCAAGAAGUCCGACAUCACAGGUGGUUCAGUAACAUGAACUGGCACAAGCUGCGCAUGGCCCAGCUGGACGCCCCCACCGUGCGCCUCAUCCGCAAGGGCCCGUGCUACAUCAAUUUCGACCGCUUCCCUCAGGACCAGACGAAGGCGGACGAGGAGUUCUCGGGUUGGGACCGGGACUUCUGAGCCGUCGGGAGACUGCGGACGUCACCCGAUAUUUGAUCGUAUCCACAUUUGCGUGGGAAAUGGAGAACACGCAGGAGAACUCCCAAAUCUUGCGUCCUUAAAAUGGAUCUAAACGUCGAUUCUGGACAGACCGAUGACUGUUGGAUGAUCUUCUGUUGAAAAUGUCUUUUUAUCAUUAAUACUUGAUAUGUGUACUCCUGGCUGGAGAAUUACUGCUCCUACUCGGCCUGAAAUAUAUUGUAUACAAAAGAGUAAAGGGUGUGCUGCAUGCUUUGAAUGGGACAAAAUCAAAUCUAAAAAUCCAAAUGAUAACUCUUAACAUAAAAAAAUGAUGUAUUAGCUAUGUUAACAUCAAUGGACAAUAAAAGAUUUAGUGGGACAUUUAUUGUCGCUAGGUAGAAAUGUGUCCAAAUGUUUGAUUUAAGGAAUCGAGAUGAAAGCAAAUUGUUCUCUGGCAAAUCUGAUCUGUAUUCCUAAUAUAUGUUGUGUCAUGGCUUGCGGUAAAGAUGAUCUUUAACAA